AAGAAAGAAAGGAGGAUGUUUUCUAGCUCAUGAUCAGUUGCAUUUUUGCAAAUUAUCUUAUUAAGAUAUUCCAGCUCUUAAAAAAUUAAUUUCCUGCGGUAAUUCUCAAAGAAAAAUAAAUCACCCUUCCGAAUGGAAUGUCACUCCCGGCGGCGGUGCGCUGCUCUUCUCUCUCAGUUUUGAACACGGGAGCUGCAGAACUUGGCGCCCGCGAGGUGCGGGCGGUCCCGCACUGCUGCGGCUGCCCGGGGCCCGGCGGCGGGCCGGGCAGGCGGCGCUGCCAGCAGCCGCCCACCGGCUCGGCCGGGCAGCGGCCCCGGCCCGGGCGGGGCGGGGGUCCGCGCGCCGCUGAUUGGCCGAGCGCGGCGCCCCGCGGAACGGGCCGCGGGCGGCGGCGGGGGCGGCGCGGCGGUGCCCGCAGAAUGGGCGGCAGAGCCGGCUUCUUCGAGGUGGAAAUCCUUGAUUGGGAGACAAAGAAACAGCUAUGCUUCCUAGAUAAGGUGGAACCAAAUGCUACAAUUAGAGAGAUCAGAUUGAUGUUCCAUAAAUUAUAUCCUCGGUGGUAUCCAGCAAGGCAGUCAAUAAAACUUGAUCCAAAAGGAAAGUCCUUGAGGGAUGAAGAAAUCCUGCAGCACCUCCCUGUUGGCACAACUGCUACCUUAUACUUUAAAGAUUUAGGGCCACAGAUAGGAUGGACUACGGUAUUUUUGAUAGAAUAUACAGGUCCAUUGUUCAUCUAUUUUCUGUUUUAUUUCCGCAUGACUUUUGUCUAUGGACUGGAUGAAAGGUUCACAUCAAGUCCACACCCAGUAGUUAACUUGGCAUGUAUCUGCCAUUCUUUCCACUACAUCAAAAGGUUGAUUGAAACAGUAUUUGUUCAUCGGUUCUCCCGUGGGACUAUGCCACUGAGGAAUAUUGUGAAGAACUGCUUAUAUUACUGGGGAUUUGCAGCUUGGCUUGCAUAUUACAUCAAUCAUCCUCUUUACACUCCUCCCUCUUAUGGGAAAAAGCAGAUAAAUUUUGCUGUGAUCAUGUUUCUGCUGUGUGAAGCUGGAAAUUUUUCCAUUCAUGUUGCCCUCAGUGACCUCCAGAGAAACGGAUCCAAAACCUGUAAGAUCCCAUAUCCAACAAAGAAUCCUUUCACAUGGCUGUUUUUCUUUGUAUCUUGCCCUAACUAUACAUAUGAGGUGGGGACCUGGAUCAGUUUCACUAUCAUGACUCAGUGUGUUCCAGUGGGACUGUUCACCUUGCUUUGCUUCAUUCAGAUGACAAUCUGGGCAAAGGAUAAACACUGCACCUACUUACGAGAAUUCAAGGAUUAUCCAAGUCACAGAAUGCCAAUUAUUCCCUUUUUGUUGUGAGAAAAGAAGGCUCAAUUUGAAUAUUGCACAGAACUUCAAGAAGAAAAACCUCAUAAAUGUCCUGCCAAAUAAAUGAAUUAAUGAAAAGGAUUUUGGUGCAUGUUGAAUCGCCACUGCUAAGGGAAAUUGUAUGCACUUGAAAGCUACACUUCCUUACAUUCAAGAAUUCUCAACUCAGAGGCACCUUAAAAAAUAAGGCUUCGUUGCACAGCUGCAAAAAAAAAAAGCCCCUGCAGUUCACUGUAACGUGACUUAGAUUUUUCUGUACUAGUCUGUUCAGAUUGAUGGAUCAGAGAUCCUGAGAAGUGUGUGCUGAAAAGCAGCUCCUAAUUUAGCAGUGGCAUUCUGCGAGACAGAAGUACGCUGGAACGAGGACACACCAGCUACCACCAGAGCUCCGUUCAGCCAGCACGGCCAGCUGGCCUCAGGACAGUUGCAUGAUCUGCCUUCUCUGACUUGAAGAGAGUGUGCUGCCUGGAGGCAGGUGCUUUGUAACAGAUAACAUUACCAAAGAAUAUGGAUGGUUCCUGGAAUAAAGAAAUAGGCAAUAUCUCAAAAACCUGGUUUGGGUCUAACCCCUAGUUUGCCAAAAGAAUCUGAAGAAGUAUUUGUAAUAUUUGUGAAUGCAAUAUCCUGUGCUGGGGUUUUUUGUUUGUUUUUGGUCUUCUUCAUUAGUAAGUUGCAUAGUAAAUAAGAUUCAGAAGCAAUCUAACCUAUGCCAUAUCUUUGAUAUCUGGUCUGUUUUUAUAUAACAUCUCCUUGUGAUACUAAUCGACCUUUUACCCAGCAUUUUACAUCAGGUUUCUCUAAGUAGUUUUUAAUACACUUUGUAAAUACAUGAAGUGACUGCUAGUCGUCUAGGAAUGCUCUUCCUAUUUUCAGAGCCAGGGAGAAAAAUGAGCUUCAUUUUGGACUUCCUGUGUUUUCUUUGUCACAGGAUGUUCUGUGGGACUUAGUUGGGUUUUGUGUAAAUCUAGUAAAAAAAGGCUAUUGAAAUCUAUCUGAACGAUAUUUUAAAGAAGCUAUUUUAGAAUAUGAAGAGAAUGCAUAGAUAUUGUUUUGUUUCAUAAGUAAUUUAUUUGUCUAUAAAUAGAUGUAUAGAAAGAUUUUUGCAACUAUUUGUAAGGGUGAAAUAUGCAAUAAAUUCUAUUUUAAAA